AAAGUCUCCUUUUACUCGCAACUGAUUUUAUGCGACUAACUUCAAUCUAUCAUUUAAGUCGGAUAAAAGCUUCAUAUAUGGGCAAAAGAAAUUUACAACUUUAUCACUAAUUGCACAAGAUUUGACACGUUCUUACUAUUCUCAGAGUUAUGCUGCGAUUAUCAUGUUUUAUAUAACCUAUAUCUAAAUCUUUUGUAACUGCCCCUUUUGUUUAUUCGGCUAGACAGUUUGUCACUGUCAAAUUAAAUCUAGACUUUGUAUAAUUUUCUGCAGUCUUGAUAAACAUGCGUGAGAAUUAAUCCUCGCCAGAAUUAUAUUCAACCGCGAGGAAAUAGUAUUGGCAUCCACAGUCUCACACAACUACUAUUAUGGCUUUUCGCAAAGGAAACAGGAAAUUGAAGCUGCAAGUUUCUGAGGAAACUCCUGUACCAGUGACUCCACCAAGGAAUUUGGAUAAAAGAACAACGAUAACCAUAGAUGAAAAGACUUUUAUAGUAGAAGCAGAUGAUCUUGAAGAACUGUGUGUUCUUGGACGAGGAGCAUAUGGGGUUGUGGAUAAAAUGAGACAUAAACAAAGUGGUACUAUCAUGGCUGUGAAGAGAAUAACAGCAACAGUCAAUACGCAAGAGCAAAAGCGCUUAUUAAUGGAUCUAGAUAUUUCCAUGCGCAGUUCGGCAUGUCCAUAUACUGUACAAUUCUAUGGAGCUCUCUUCAGAGAAGGGGAUGUCUGGAUUUGCAUGGAAGUAAUGGACAUGAGUCUGGACAAAUUUUAUACAAAAGUUUAUAAGCACGGUCGCUCAAUUCCUGAAGAUAUUCUUGGAAAAGUAGCUUUUGCUGUAGUCAGUGCAUUACAUUAUUUGUAUUCUCAAUUACGAGUUAUACACAGAGAUGUAAAACCUAGUAACAUAUUAAUUAAUCGGAAGGGUGAAGUAAAGAUCUGUGAUUUUGGAAUAUCCGGGUAUCUCGUCGACUCAGUAGCCAAAACCAUCGACGCCGGUUGUAAACCAUACAUGGCCCCAGAGAGGAUAGACCCGUCAGGUAACCCUUCACAAUAUGACAUCAGAUCGGAUGUCUGGUCCUUAGGUAUAUCAUUGGUGGAACUAGCCACAGGCAAAUUCCCAUACGAGUCAUGGGGUACACCUUUUGAACAGCUCAAGCAAGUAGUAAAAGAUGAAGCGCCAAAGUUACCAGCUGGUAAAUUUUCACCCAGCUUUGAAGAGUUUAUUAAUAAAUGUCUAAUGAAGAAUUAUACAGCGCGACCGAAUUACAAUCAACUCCUGGAGCUCAGUUUCAUAACUGAACACGCGACGAAGGACACGAACGUUGCGACGUUUGUUGAAGAAAUUUUGGAUUUGCCGGACACUGAGCAGCUGUCAUAGUACAGGGAUUUUUUAAGGAUGAUGUUAGUCUUGUCGAAGCGGUAUUUUACGUAACUUUGCGCUUCUCACUCGUCGCGUUCAUUUGCAUCUCCGUAUUGGGUUGUUUCAGUAUCCUUAGUUUCAUGUGAUUUUGUGGUGCCCAUUUGUAAUUAUAUUGUUUAAACAAGAAAGUAUGUCAUUUGGUUUGCGACAAUACUAGCAAUUUUCAGAUUAUUCGGUAACAGCGGCCUGCCGAUUUCUCAGUUCACGGAUAAAACACUGAGGGAUGGACACAACGGUGCCACUAUGACUUAUGGCGCCAUAGUGAAACCUGUCCAAAUAACUAAUUAUUAUUUCAUCUUGAAUAUAUUAAUAAGCGUAUGGUUUGAAUCGAGUAGACACCGAUAAAUUUAAAAGAUCAAUCAAAAUACCAUCUUGAAAUCUUAUUCGAAUUGUAUAUAGAACUCUAUGCAGAGCUCUGGUCAAUAUUUAUGAAGUACAUACUUU